AUGGCCGCUGGAGGACCGCAAUGUACUCUGGUCGACAAUUCCAAGAAACGGAAACGAGCUACGAGGGAAAGCUCGUUGUCUGAAGACCAAAAACGGCAAAAUCACGUAUCCUCGGAGCAGAGACGCCGCCAAGCGAUGCGUCAAACAUACGACACUCUAGUUGAAAUGGUCCCGGACCUGACGGCAUCCCAAAGCCGGUCAGAAAUGCAAAUAUAUGCUCGAAGCUACAACUACUUGGCAUGGUUAUAUGAACGGAAUCGCCUACUGCGCGAGGAGCUAAAACAAAAAACCGGUUCUGAUGCUCCGUCGCAUCUGGAAUGGAACAUUCCUACCCAGAACAAAUAG